AUGGACGGGUUUUUUGCCGUGGCCGCUGGAGGUGUUGAAUGUGCUCACUACACUGCUCACCACACUGCUCACUACACUGCUCACUACACUGCUCACCACACUGCUCACUACACUGCUCACCACACUGCUCACUACAGUGCUCACUACACUGCUCACUACACUGCUCACCACAGUGCUCACUACACUGCUCACUACACUGCUCACCACACUGCUCACUACACUGCUCACUACACUGCUCACCACACUGUUCACUACACUGCUCACUACACUGCUCACCACACUGUUCACUACACUGCUCACCACACUGCUCACUACACUGCUCACUACACUGCUCACCACACUGCUCACUACACUGCUCACUACACUGCUCACCACACUGUUCACUACACUGCUCACCACACUGCUCACUACACUGCUCACUACACUGCUCACCACACUGCUCACUACACUGCUCACCACACUGCUCACUACACUGCUCACUACACUAUUCACUACACUGUUCACUACACUGCUCACCACACUGUUCACUACACUGCUCACCACACUGCUCACUACACUGCUCACUACACUGCUCACCACAGUGCUCACUACACUGCUCACUACACUGCUCACCACACUGCUCACUACACUGCUCACUACACUGCUCACUACACUGCUCACCACACUGCUCACCACAGUGCUCACCACACUGCUCACUACACUGCUCACUACACUGCUCACUACACUGCUCACUACACUGCUCACCACACUGCUCACUACACUGCUCACUACACUGCUCACUACACUGCUCACCACACUGCUCACUACACUGCUCACUACACUGCUCACUACACUGCUCACCACACUGCUCACCACAGUGCUCACCACACUGCUCACUACACUGCUCACCACAGUGCUCACUACACUGCUCACCACACUGCUCACCACAUUGUGAAUCUCGAGAAAUUGUGUUGUUCUGUACACAGUGUCUCUAUCUUGGUCUCCAUCCUGGCCUCCAUCCUGGCCUCCAUCUUGGCCUCCAUCUUGGUCUCCAUCCUGGCCUCCAUCACGGCCUCCAUCCUGGCCUAA